CACUAUUACUCAAUAUUUACUUUUAAUUUUGCAAAAAAAAAUGUUUAUCAAAUCAUUAGGGUUUUUUAAGCAAAAUGUAAAAUUUUCAAAAAAUAUAAAUAAUUUCUUGAAAAGCAAUAGAUCUUUCACAAGUACUACAAUAUUAAAACAAAAUGAAACACCAGCCGAAGAUACUAUAGUAGUGGAUAAAGAUGAACAUAUCACUUUGAUUGGCAUAAAUCGCCCAAAGCAGCGCAAUGCCAUCGAUUUUGAUACAGCCGAGAAACUAUCUAUGGCAUUGAGUAAUUUUGAGGCCGAUAAAAGUUCACCGAUUGCUGUACUUUACGGUGUAGGUGGUACGUUUUGUGCCGGUUACGACAUUCAAGAACUUGAGGCUCAAAGUGAAAAGGGUAGUUUGGAUUUUUUGUUACGUCAUGAAGGUUCUGUAGGACCGACACGUCGUCACUGUGGCAAACCUCUCAUAUGUGGUAUUAGUGGUUUUUGUGUGGCCAGUGGUUUGGAAUUGGCUUUAAUGUGUGAUUUAAGGGUAAUGGAAGAAACUGCUAUAUUGGGAUUCUUCAAUAGGCGUUUUGGUGUACCUAUGAGUGAUGGUGGUACUGCUCGUUUAGCCUCCAUGAUUGGCCAUUCAAGGGCGUUAGAUCUUUUAAUGAGUGGACGUCGCGUGACCGGCAAAGAAGCUUUAGAAAUUGGUUUAGUAAAUCGUUUGGUGGCUACUGGCACUGCUUUAGGUCAAGCUGUGAAUUUAGCAUUUUCUAUUGCAAAGUUUCCUCAAGCCUCUGUAGCACAUGAUCGUGAUGCUCUCUAUACAAAUGCCUAUACACGUCAUGGUUUUCAGACUGCUAUGCAAACAGAAGUUAUGAAUACUUCAAGACAAGUUUUAGCGGAACUUAAGGAAGGUGUGCAACGUUUUAAGAAAUCUGAAACAAAAGGCUCCAAAACCGAUUCAUUUGUUGUUAAACCAAAGCCAAUACCAGACUGGGAAAAAUCAGAAAUUGAACAUGAAAAUAAAUCGAAUAAGUAAAUUAAUGUAUCAUUUUAUUUAUAAUUUAUCUUAGUGGUAGAGUAACAAUGUAGAAUUUUUAAUUAGUUGAUACGUUUAUUGUGUUAUUAUGUUAUUUUAAGAUAUAUUUGUGAUUAAAAAUUUUCUGAAAAUAAAAAGAUAACAAGGUAUAAAACCAUAA